CCGGACCUGUCGUGCGGGGUGGCGCCGCGGAGUGUGUUUGGCGUAGGGCGAGAUGUUGUUUUGUUGUGGCGAUCAGCUGAAUGUGGCAUCGCUGUUCGGCCUGACACAACGGUGGGAAGCACCCAGAGCCCCUCAGGCUCUCCCUGCGCUCAAACGCAGGCAGCGACAGCAGCUCUAUCCGGCACAGCGCAAUCCAGGAAAUGCGGACUUCUGGCCCUUUCGCUUCGGGAUAAAUGGCUGCAGCGCACACACUGAAGAAAGCUGUGCCUGUAAAGCGUCUCUGAGGGGGAAGACCAGACUGCUCUGUCAGACCCAUUCAGGUGCUGAACAGCUAACAUACAACAAACUAAAGAUAUGCAUAGAAGACCUUGGGUGGGAUUUUUAGAAUGGCUGAGGCUGGACUGAAGCAAAGCCGCUUCGUACAGAGAGAUGAUCCAUGUUUACCUGCAUCCAUGCAGCUCCAGGGCACCUUUUAAUGAUGUCUCAUUUGGUACUCCAAAAUAACUUUUGGCCCACACUGAAAAAGGCCCUCCUUUGUGAUUUACAACUCAGUCUGUUGAUGUACCCCUGCCUCUGACCAUUCUGCAGCCAUGCGGUUAGCCACAUAAGGCUCAGAGAGCCCUUCCCUGUGUGUUUUUGAGCACCCCCACCCCACUCUAUGGAGGCUGAGCCUAGUCAUCCAGCUGAUGGGAAGCGCUCUGGAAGACAAGAGCAGCAGCAUGCUACAGCUGAAUCCUCACUAGGAUCUUGUCUACCACAGCAGCCUCCUAAUCCUCGUCCUGUACACAGAUCCUUGGGCCGCCUGCAAAAUCGGCAACCAAAACGCACUGACCAUCUGCUUAGGUUACAGCAGCAGCAAGCAGUAGCAUGGCAGCAAUCAGACCCCCCAGGUACCUCAGGAGGCAGCUUCUGCUUUCCACCUUCCUCAUCAACCUCGUCCCUUCCCUCUACUUCCAGCCAGGGUGAGCAUGGUCAUGGGGUCCCAUCUCAGUCCAGCCAAGAGAGCCCAGAUGUUGUUAGCUCAACCAGAAAAGGUGAGAAGAAACCCCAAAAACCAGGGAAAUAUGUGUGCACUUAUUGUGGCCGUCCUUGUGCCAAGCCAAGCGUACUUCAGAAACACAUUCGCUCCCAUACAGGAGAAAGACCCUACCCUUGUGCCCCUUGUGGAUUCUCUUUCAAGACCAAGAGCAACCUGUACAAGCACCGCAAGUCUCAUGCCCAUCGCAUUAAAGCAGGUCUGGCAUCCAGUCGCGAUGAGCCCAGUCUAAGCGGGCCAGAAGGUAGUGGUGUUGGAGAGGACCCUGAAGAACAUACAGAGGGAGAAAGCACUGAGUCUGAAGAAGAGACAGGCCAACACAAGAAAUCCUCCUCUAAGGAAAUGUUGGGUCGACAUAAGAAAGGUAGUAAGGAGACGCUGAGUGGGUUGGAGGAGAGUCCGAGACCUGAAGACUCCCAGGCUGUAAAGCAGAGGUUGGCACUGAGGCUUAGUGAAAGGAAACGUGGCCCACUGGCAUCUCCAGAUGACCCUCCUUCCUCCCUAUCCACCUCAUCUUCUUCUUCUCUAGGCCCUGGAAGUAAGGGCAGCACAGAGUCCGGCUACUUUUCUGGAUCAGGUAGCACUGACCUAUGCCAAGCUAGCCCUCCCAGCUCCAGUGCCAAAACCUACGCUGAAAUUAUUCUUGGGAAAUAUGGAAGGCUGGGAGGGCAGCAGCGCAGUCCCCAUCAACAGCAUCCUCAAUCUUCCCUUUCGUCAUCCUCAGGGACAGAGGACAAGAGCAUUCCUUUCGCUGUACCCAAAACUCAAGUAAUUGAACAUAUUACCAAGCUCAUCACUAUCAAUGAAGCCGUAGUGGACACAAGUGAAAUUGAUAGUGUAAAGCCCAGGCGUACCUCUUUGUCCAGGAAAAGCAGCAUGGAGUCCCCUAAAUUUACUACCCCUAAAGAUCCUUACAUAUUUGACCCCAAAGGAGAAGCCCCUGGCACCAGUAGCCUAAAGCACAUCCACAAUGAAGCAGAACCAAUAGGAACCCAGGAACUAUCAGCAGUUCCUCUGCUAAGAAGCCACUCAAUGCCAUCACCUACCAGCCAAGGAGAGCCCUCCACCUCUGGCACCAUGUCUCCCAGAAGUUAUCGUCUCUGCCAGUCUUUUGAUGAGCAGCAAGCAGUGGUAGCAGAGUUGAGAGUUGGGCAUUCCCAGCGUAUGUUACGGCGCCAACCUGCCAUAGAAGUACCUUUGGGAGCUGAGAUGAUGCUUGAGGAGGCCAGAAGCUCUGAACCGUCAAGACAGCCACAGCAACAACAACAGCAAAAAAGUCUGAGCGUGUUUGUAUGUGAAGCAUGUGGAGCCACCCUCCAACACAGUGAAGGCUACGAGGCCCACAGAGGCCUAUGCCCUGGCCAGAAAAAAGUAGAACAUGAGAGCAGGGAUGUGAGUAAAACCUCCAGGGAAGAUCGCCCCCCAAUGAUGAUGCACUAUAAGUUCAGAGCACUGGCCAUGGCUGUGAGGAAGAGAAGGAAAGAAGAAAGUCUGGAGGAGGAUCCUCCCAGCCCUGGAUCUGUUGCUCUGUCAGGCAGCUCUUCGAGCCUAUCUCUUGUGCCAAGCAGACCAGACCACAGCCAGGCCCUCUCAGGUGUUUCUUUACAGACUGAUCCAAAACAACAGCAGGAUAGGAAGGGUGUGUCUGUGAUCCAGCACACAAGCUCGUUUGAGAGGCAGGAGAGCAUAUCCAUUGAAAGUCAGGAACCAGACAUCGAAGAGACUCAGAAAAGGCAACAACCUGAGCCAAAACCAUCACCUUCUACAUCUCGCCUCAUACGCCAGCCAAACAUCCAAGUGCCAGAGAUCUUUGUUACUGUGGAGCCUGAUGCUGACAUGCCAUCUCUUUCACCUCCAGUGACAGCAUCCUCAUCCAAGGAGGCAGAGAGAGUGGAAGAGUUCCAGUGGCCUCGGCGUAGUGAGUCUCUGUCCAAGCUCCCUGCAGAGAAACUGCCACCAAAGAAGAAGAGACUUCGCCUUGCAGAAGCAGCCCAUUCCUCUGGGGAGUCUAGCUUUGAGUCUGCAUCUCUGCCUCGCAGCCCCAGUCAAGAGAGCAACAUCUCACACACUUCGAGCCUCUCUGUUUCUUUUGAUGACACAGCAAAAUCAGAUUCUGCAGUCUGGGCCUCCAGUAGCCAAAGCUCCCAGAUGUUGAUGGUGCCAUCUUCUUCCCACCAACACCACCAAAGCCAAAAAGAGAUGAGGCGCUCAGCCUCAGAGCAGACCCCAACCAGCCCCCAACAAACAGAGCAGAUCUCAGAGACUAGAAGUAAGUCAUUUGACUAUGGGUCCCUGUCUCCUCAGCAGUCUUCAUCUUCCUGGAAAGAAAGGAGAAAAUGUCUCCUUGUCAAGCAUGCCACCUUAGGGAAACCUGAGCAGGAGGAGGGGACCAGCAUGAGUCAAUCCAGAGCAGAGAGUCCAAAGCCUGGGCCUUCCCACUCAAUAUAUCCUCUUUCCUAUUCAACUGAGGCAAGUACCUGCUUCAAUCCUGAAGCAGCAGGAAAAGCAUUGCAGCUGUUACCACAACAAAUCUUCCCACCCUCUCAGGAUGUCCUCCUUUAUCAGCCCAGGGGCCAGCAAGGGUUUCCCCAAGAGCAGCUAUCUCAGCUACUUCCUGUCACUACAGCCAUUUCUGAUGUACUUUCCACCCAAAUAAUCCAUAGAGCAUUCUUACAUUCACAGACAGGACCUCCACAUAUACAGAUACACCCAGCGCAGAUCCACAUGGCAGAACAGUUAGGCAUACCUUUCCAUCAGCUUCCUGCUCUAGUUCCUCUUCAGUUAUCUUCCAGGACUAGAGCAAGUCAGGCAUUGUACUUACCUUCGAGAUUUACCACACAUGUUCCUUCCUUUGCAACUACAGAGAGCAGACCCUCCAUCUCAGCCAUGUCUUCUGCCCUUCCACAUCAAGCCCUUGUAAGAAUCUCCUACCACCACCCAAGGCCUGUUAUCGCCACAUGCCUUGCACAGCUCACACCAUUAGUGUCCCUUGUGGUGCCGGUGCGACUCCAGACCCAUAUUCCCACCUAUGCCAGUGCCAUGUAUACAACCCUGUCACAGAUCCUGGCCUCCACCUGUUCACAGGGACCCAUUUCUUGCACAGCUAUGGUCAUCAUGGGACAGGUAGAGCAGAACAAGCUCCAUAGGUCCUACUUGAAAGUCCCUCCCCCUGACAUCAAGAGCCUUCACCCCUCCUCUCUUCCCACAGUGCUGGCCUCAGAAUCUGGGGAGGGAUAUGGUCCACUUGGGGCUGGAGGAAGUAAGCGCAUGCUUUCUCCUGCAGCCAGUUUGGAGCUCAGCACAGAAGCCCAACGUCACCAGAAAAGGGUGAAAGAGGAAGGGGAAAAGGAGCAACAAAAGGCAGGAGAUGAGGAGGAAGAGGAGGAGGAGGAGGAUGUGGAACAGAAGGUUACACAUGAAGAAGAAGCCAGCAGGAGAGAUCCAGGAGAGGAAGAGAAGAAAAAAGCUGAGAUGGUGGAGUUGACAGCUGUCAAAGUGGAGGGUCAACAGGAGCAAUUACCAGGGAAACAUUAUAGGGAGGAAAAGGAGGAGGAGGAGGAGUCGACUGACAAGACAAGUCAAAAAAAGGAGGGGGUGCCACUUGUCAAAGAAGGCGUGGAAAGACCAACAACCCCUUCGUUCCCAAGCCUUGACACCUCAACCUCAGUCAACUGGUGCUACCUGAACUACGUGAAACCCAACCCAUCUGCCCUAGCAGACCCUUGCACCUCAGUCUAUUCCACCUGGAGUAUCAGUGCUCACAACCCAAACCUGCCGGGCCUCAGCACUAAGAUGGUGUUGUCUCUACUGUGCUCUAAACAGAAGCACAGCUCAGAGACAUACACAACGGCAACAAUCCCAGCCAAAAGCCAGUUGGCCCCUGCCAGUAGCAGCACCCCACGUGUGUCAGAGGUACACGCCACCCCACCUAUCACCCUCACUAGAGUAAAAGAUGAACAGCAGCAUGGAAAGGAGGAGAAUAAAGAGAUGACAGAAGAAGUACCCUCCACCUCCAAACAGAAUGAGCCUCCUCGUGUUCGUAUCUUCGAAGGCGGGUAUAAGUCCAAUGAAGAAUAUGUUUAUGUGAGAGGUCGAGGCAGGGGAAAGUACAUAUGUGGAGAAUGUGGCAUCCGCUGCAAGAAACCCAGCAUGCUAAAAAAGCACAUCAAAACACACACAGAUGUCCGCCCAUACGUCUGCAAACACUGCAACUUUGCCUUCAAAACCAAAGGGAACCUUACCAAACACAUGAAGUCAAAGGCUCAUGGGAAAAAGUGCCAGGCGAUGGGAGUAUCUGAGUCAUCACUGGAUGAACCAGAAAGCGAGGAAACAGCAGGGAGUGAUGAGCGUGCAUGUGGCUCGGAGGAACAGGAGGAACACCAGUUUUCCGACAUGGAGGAGUCCGAAGAAGAUGACGACAACGAUGAGGACGAUGAGGAGGAAGAUGAGUCUGCGUCUCAUGAUGACCCGCCGUCCUCCUGUUCAUCUGACACACAACCGUCGGCGGGAGGGCUUUCCUGGCAUUCUCAGCAGGGCACCCCUGAAGCCGAGCGCCUGUGUGCUAGUCUCAGCCCUGGUCGGGAGCUCUCGCCGAGGGGAGUGUGGCAGAGCAGGCGAGCUGCCUCCCCAGGCAGCAGAAGAGCGCUGUUCUCCCGGCGGGGCUGGAAGGCAUCUCCAAGAGCUUUCUCUCCCAGCAGUGAGGGCUGCUCCCCCAGCCGCAGCCUCUCCCCCCGCCUGGAGCUUUCACCACCCAUUCACAGCCUCUCCCCCAGGACAGAGCUUUCAUCUCCCACCCGACAUUUCUCAUCUUCCCCUGAGAGAGGACCAUCUCCCAUCAGACCUCUUUCUCCUCUGCGGACUGUUUCACCUGGCUGCCACCGCUCAUCACAAGCUAGGACCCUCCCUUCCCCGCUCUGGUUACAGCACAGGAACCCUGGGUACCUGCCAUGGGAGACGCCAGGGAUAAGGGGUAGUCACGCUAAACAGGUCAAAAGUGGUACUGAGGGAUCAACAUUGCCAGAGUCCAGCUUGAAUACACCUGCUUUCCGUCUCUCCACCUGUGAGGGUUAUCCUGGCCUUCAAACAGCAGACACCACCUUCAGCCAUCUUCCCAUGCACUCCCAACAAGCCAGGGUCCCCUAUCCAAUGAUCCCCAUCGGCGGGAUCCAAAUAGUACAGGCAAGAACGAGGUCACACCCCACCACCCCUUCGUCCCCAACCUCUCCCCCCAUGGAAGGGCCUUCAUUUGCCAGGUUUGAAUCUUACUGGGGCGGGACCCCCAGAACUCAAGGGCUUAGGACUCCUGGAGACCCCUGGUCAGAGCACCAGGUAGCAGGAACCAGCCAAUCAGCACGGUGUGUUCACAGCACAGCACUCACAUGUUCAAAACAAAAGGUGGAGGUCACAGACUCGAAGCAAUAUGGCAGCUCACAGAGCUCCACCCAUACUGGCAGCUCUGCUACGGAGACACCCGAACGCUGCAUCAAAGACAGUUGUUCAAGCGCAUCCCCAAGUCUUGCAGCCGCCUUAGCCUUGCGCGGCACUGGACAGCAACCAGAGGGGGAAGUUCCACAGUCUGGUGGUGGUGCAGAAAAGGGAGGAGCUAAAGGAGACAGAACAGACGAGAGCACUUAAAAGUGUCACACCUUGAUGCAUCAUGCAUCCAAUUUUGCUUUAUUGGUUGCUACACUAGUCUUGUUUUGUAUUGCUUUGUUUUUUUAUAAAGUUUUCAAUACUAUUGUUAACUUAAAUGUUUGUUCUUUGGCAAUAUUCAGGUUUGUUAUAAAAUGCACUUUUUUCUUUGUAAAAUAAUUUGUCUAUCUAUAUAUAUAAAUUAUACAUAUACACAAAUAUAUCCUAUAUGGGUUAUCUUAAUGUCUCUUUAAAUAUAUGUAAAUGAAAUAUGGAUACAUUGGUAAAUGACCAAAAUCUUUCAUUAAAAAUAAUUCCAGUUUUUGUUUGUCCAAAUUUUGUCCAGUAUUACUCAAAUUGAAGUUACUUGUGCCUUUUCUGUCCAGGUUUGUGUUAUGAGAUGUACAGUACAUAGAGAAGGCUGUGAAAUUUUAUAUCUGUUUUGUUUUCCAAGGGGGUUCAUAUUUGGUGUUUUGAUUGUUUCUGUUCUAAAGGCCAUUGCUUUAAUACCAGGGUAACAGAGAGACGGCAUCGUGGAGAUUUUGAAGGAGCAGCAGAAAAGUGUCAAAGGAAUUGCACUGAAGAUCUAUUUUUUAUUACGGAAGAUUUUAGCUUAGAGUAUAUCUUUGUACAGGGAAGAGCGCUCCUUAUUUAUUGUUGUUUGAUGACAUGAUCAUUGUUUCAAGUUUUUUUUUACUUUUUUUAAUGGAAAAGGAUGUUUUUUUCUGUCUUUUUCAUGAUGUUUCUGUGACUUGAAAUGUUAAAAAAAAAGAUGAGGGAUCAAGUUUAGCUGGUACAGAAGGAUUAAGUGCCCUGCAGAUUUCACACAAAGCAAAGUUUCUAGUCAUUGAAGAAAUAAAAAAUGCACCAGA